AUGACCGCCUCCGCCACAUCACCGGCCCCCUCCAAGGCCGAAAAGAAACAGCACAAAAGGGACAAGAAGCGCGCCCGGGAAGAGGACGCCCACGCCGACGCGGAGCGCAAGCUCAAAAAGUCAAAGAGCGUCUCCACCGACCUCAACCUCGAGGAUGCCGCCGCCGCCGCCAGUCCGGAGCAGAGAAAGGAGCGCAAGCAUAAAAAGGAAAAGGAUCGCAAGAGAAAGACCGCCGCCGACGUCGAAGCUGUGAAGAAGGAGGACAAGAAGAAGAAAAAGGACAAGAAGAAGCACACAGACCACCAGGACGGAGACGCCGAAGCACACCCUGUAGCCGCCGAUAACAGCACGCCGCAAAAAAAGCACAAGAAAAAGAAGACAACAGCUGCGGUUGUCCCGGACAGUGGCCCCGUCGUCGAGGAGAGCAGUCAUCGGAGGAAGAGCAAAAAGGACAAGAAGACCAAGUCCAGCAACCACGCCGACGACACAGCAUCCAAAAUCGCCGCCAAAAGCUCGCAACAUGUAGCAAUCCCGUCCCCGGCAGACCCCGACGACGCCAUGGACAUUGACCCGCAACCGGCCUCCUCCAUCUACCAGCCGCCCGACAUGCCCGCCAACCCGCACUUCCCCUUCUUCUCGCAGACCGUCUCCCUCUACGAGCCCCUCUACCCCACCGGCUGGGCGCAGCCCGUCACAAACGCAAAAUACCAGCACCUGCAGCACCUGCAAAACAAGUACGUCCCCGCGCUGCGCGGCGUCCUGCUCGACUACAGCAACAUCACCCUCGGCCCGGCCCCCGGGCGCGGCAAUGGCGCCGCCGCCGACGACGACGCCCCGACGACGGUCAUGUCGCGCGGCGAGUACGCCGUCGGCUUCGGCUGGAUCACGGCCGACGUCGAGCUCUUUGUGCCCAGCCGCGGCGCCUGGAUGGAGGGCAGCGUCAACCUGCAGACCGAGGGCCACAUCGGCGUCGUCUGCUUCGGCAGGUUCAACGCCUCCAUCGAGGCCCGCCGCCUGCCGCCCGCCUGGAAGUGGGUCUCCAACGACUCGUCCGACGCCCAGGGGUUCGAGGAGACGGCCUCGGUCAUCACGGCCGACGACCACGGCGUCGUCCGCCAGAUCCACAGCACGGGCUUCUGGGUCGACGGCGCCGGCGCGCGCGUCAAGGGCAAGACGCGCUUCCGCAUCCGCAACUUUGACGCCGGCACCAGCGGCGACACGAGCUACCUGAGCCUUGAGGGUACCAUGCUCGACAAGGACAGCGAGAAGAGACUGGUCAAGGAGGAGGCCCGCGCCGCGCAGGCGAGGCGGCCCGGCAAGGGCGGGCAGAGGGUGGCGCGAUACAGGGCGCCCGACUUUAGCAUGACGCGGUUCGAGGCGGAAGAGGCGGAAGCGGGCCAGGAGCAAGGCAAGGACCAGGCCGGCGAGGCUGGUGCCACUGCUAACCUAGAGCCGGAGCCAGAGCCGGAGCCGCAGGCUGGCGGGGAAGGCGAGGAUGGGGUGGAGGGAGAGGCAAGCAUCGAGGACUAG